AAAUUAUUACGGUCAAACAAGGAGCACGGUCCUGCAGAAGAACCAAUAUGAGUUUUCGUUCACUAACGUUUUUAAAGCCCAGACAAAGCUUAAGAUGUGUCCGACAUUUGUCUAAAGUCUCUGGACUGAAUGAUGUCGUGGAUCGCUCCCUGCUGUAAGGACUCCUAUUGGCUCCUUCCUGAGCUCCCUGGCUGAUGUACCUGCUACCCGACUUGGCUCCAUCGCCAUCAAGGAGGCAGUGGCCAGAGCAGGUAUCAGUGCGGAGGAUGUGGACGAGGUGUACAUGGGCAAUGUGUUGCAGGCAGCCCAGGGUCAGGCACCCUGCAGACAGGCCACACUGGGGGCAGGUCUGCCCAUCACGACUCCCACCUCCACCAUCAACAAGGUGUGUGCAUCAGGGAUGAAGUCAGUCAUGCUGGCCGCUCAGAACCUCAUGUGUGGCCACCAGGAUGUGAUGGUGGCCGGCGGUAUGGAGAGUAUGUCCCAUGUUCCGUUCUACAUGAAGCGAGGACAGACGCCUUAUGGUGGCAUCAAGAUGAUAGACGGCAUCGUGUUUGAUGGCUUGACAGAUGCAUACGAUCACAUUCACAUGGGUGUGUGUGCCGAGAACACGGCCCGGAAGUACAGCAUCAGUCGUGAGGCCCAGGAUGAGUAUGCUGUCAACAGCUACAAGCUGAGUCAGCAGGCAGCACAAGCAGGGCUCUUCCAGAAGGAGAUCGUGCCGGUGGAGAUUCCAAAGAAGAGAGGCGAUCCAGUGACAGUGUCGGAGGAUGAGGAGUACAAGAAGGUCAACUUCGACAAGUUCAAGUCUCUCAGGCCUGUCUUCCAGAAGGAAAAUGGCACCGUGACAGCAGCCAACGCCAGUACGCUGAAUGAUGGCGCUGCAGCUCUGGUACUGAUGACAGCACAGGCUGCUGAUAGACUCAAAGUGAAGCCACUGGCAAGGAUUCUGGGUUUUGCUGAUGCAGCCAUUGCACCCAUUGACUUCCCUACUGCACCAGCCAAAGCUGUGCCAAAGGUCCUGGAGAUGACGGGGGUCAACAAAGACGACAUUGCUAUGUGGGAGGUGAAUGAAGCCUUCAGCGUCGUGGUCCUCGCCAACAUCAAGGAGUCUGGCCUUGACCCCAGCAAGGUCAACAUUCACGGAGGAGCAGUCAGUAUCGGCCAUCCUAUUGGUAUGUCUGGUGCUCGUAUCACUGGACACAUGGCACACAACCUGAAACCUGGACAGAAGGGCAUGGCCAGUAUCUGUAAUGGUGGCGGGGGAGCGUCGGCCAUCUUGAUUGAGGGACUCUGAAGAAGGCCAACAUGGCAACUUACACCAUAUCAGCAAUGGUGGCCUGAACAAGAUGAAAGGGUUGUGUGAACUGUAUCUGAGGUGAAUGGAUUUGAAUGCAUUUAGGAAUGCAUUUGAG